AUGCACAUUUCCGAGCCCAUAGAGCCCGAAAUUCCUGACCAUUACUUGGACCUGGGUGUGAAUCGGCGUGCUACAGCAGCAGACGUGAAGAAGGCUUUCCACAUGCUAGCGCUACGACACCACCCAGACAAGAAAGCGCCGGAAGCGAGACAGCGCGAAGCAAAAGAGGAAGCUCGUGCCAAAGUGGAGCGUACUGCUCGACAAGAGAAAGAACGACUCGCGGAACAGCGAUCACGUCAAGCAGCAGAACGAGCACAAAAAGAACUAGAAAAGGUGGCCGAAGAACGCCUCCGCCAAUGGGAAGAAGAUCAGGGGGCCAAACUAAAGCAGCAUUGCGAACAGCGCCAGGGGCAGGCGGAGAAGAAGAAUAUGAUGGAGGAGGACAUAAUGAUCAUGGAGGAAGACAUGCUGAUUAUGGAGGAGGACAUGAUGAUUAUGGAGAGGGAGAUGAAUGUGAUGAAGGAGAACAUGAAUAUGAUGGAGGAGGACAUGAUGAUGAAUAAGAAGAUGAUUAUGAUGAAUGAGAAGAGGAAGAUGAUGGAGAAGAAGAAGAUGGAGAGGAAGAAGAAGGCGGAGAAGAGGGGCAGGGGCCAGGGGAAGAGAAGAGCGAAUAAAUGA